AAAUGUAAUUAAGAAAUUUGAGACAUCUUCUUCAUUAAAGAACAAAAGAAUUGAAGACAGUAAAGACUUUAGCUUAAAUGAUUUUAGAUUAGCGAUCAGAUAUAGAAUAAUUUUUCCUUUAGGCAAUAGAUUAAGUUAAAAUUGAGAUUAAGAAAAAGAAUAAAAAUUUAAAGAACAGUAGAUUACAGAUAUAUCAUAGAAAUCUCAAAGUUUGGAAUUAAAUAGUAUGAUAUAAAUGAUUUGGAUUUAGAGGAGAAAAAGAAACUGCUAAGGAUACUCUUUUCAAAAAUGAAUUAAGGAGUUCCACCAAUAAAUUGGAAAUCUUAACUUGGUCAUGUACAUAUAAAAAUAAAAAUUAAUUGAAGUAAAUCCCAGGCAGAUACAAGUUCAUUUAGGGAUAACCAAUAUCAAUGAUUGAUAG